AACAAAACAUGCCAAAACGCAACAUUCAUUUGACUAAAGUAAAGAAGGAGGGAAAGCAAAGAAAGGAGAGGCUUGUUGAAAGGAUCCAAGAGUCUCUUAACAAUUACAAGUACCUCUAUGUACUCUCUCAUGAGAACAUGACCACUAAUCCUUUCAAUAAAAUCAGAAAAGACUUCUUAGAGUCUAAAUUUUUCCUUGGGAAAAAUAAAGUAAUGCAGUUUGCUCUUGGAAGAACUCCAGAAGAAGAGUUCAAGACAAACUUAUGAGGUGUUGCUAAGUAUAUCAACAAGGAAUGUUGCUUGCUCUUGACUAAUGAUGACAAUGCGAGUGAAUACUUUGAAAAUUUCUCUAAAAAGGACUACGCAAAAGCAGGUACUAUUGCUCCCAAAACUAUCACUCUUGAAGAAGGCCCAGAAACAUUGAAAUCAUUCAGUUUUGCCAUUGAGCCACACAUGAGAAAGCUUGGGCUUGUUACUAAGCUCGUCAGAUCAAAAAUUAUCCUUUGAAAGGAUACAAUCAUUGCUAAAGAGGGACAACCAAUCACAGCAGAGAAUGCCAAAAUUCUUAAAUUACUAGGAUACAAAUUAGCAGAGUUUAAACUGAGAGUUCUAGCAAGAUGGAACAGCGAAACUUCAGAAAUAGAGUCUUUUGAUGAUUAA